AUGGCUGCUGUAGACAUUCCAGAUUAUGCUUAUUUUGAGCCAUUGGAACAUUCUUUGGACUAUGGACCGUACAGAGAAAAUGUUCAGUUGGUCACAAAAGGGAGAGAAUCUGAAUACAGUAGCAUUCUUAGAAUGGUGAGGAGCAUAGACCUUUCAAGCAAUAACUUAUUUGGAUCCAUUCCUGCUGAGAUAUUUGAUCUUUCUCGAUUGCGGUUGACUUCUCUUAAUUGCCUAAACUUAGCAUACAAUCACUUGUCGGGAAGAAUACCUUCAAGCAUCCAACUUCAGAGCCUUAAUGAAACUGGCUUCAUUGGAAAUGCUGGACUUUGUGGAGCGCCUCUCCCGAUAAAUUGCUCGGAAGACGACGAAUUUCAAGGUUCAACACCUGUUCACAAAAAUUGGGAUGAGUUUGAGAUGUUUUGGUUCUAUAUUGGCAUGGGAAUGGGAUUUUCCACGGGAUUUUGGGGAGUUUGUGUUGUUCUUUUCUUCAAAAGGAGUUGGAGGCAUGCAUAUUUCAAAUUCCUUGAUGAACUGAAGGACCGGAUCUAUGUGGCACAACUGCUUAAGAUGAACUGGUUCCGCGUGAAAUUCAAUGAUGUGUAG